AUUGGGGGCAAAAAGAUAGGUCGUGCUGUUUUGGUGUUGGCGAUUGUCGAGCUUUCACCUCCGAAGCGUACGACGACGAGAGGGACGGAGAGGGUCGGGGUUGGAGGUUUUACCUGCAGAUGCUGAAGAACUCUAUUUCAUUACAUGGAGGGGAAUGAAGCCACUGACACAGAGAUCUCAAAAGAAGCUGCUCUCUUAAAAACAGAGAAUGAUCGAUCACCACGGGAACCAGUCACCGGCAGUGCAGUGGAGACAUACAGUCUGUUAGCUUCCCACGACAGUGAUUGGCCGGAACACUUAUCUUUGCUGCGAUCACCUGAGGUGGUUAUUGAAUCUGUUGCUGGAAGGAACUUCAAUUACAAUGUAGGUACACAGGCAGGUUCUCAACCACUUUGUGCAAGCCUUCACUCUUUGAACAACCCGGCAGUAUCCGUGGAAGAGCUGACUCUGAAAAACUACAAGAAUCCUUACUUAUCACUGGAUGGUAGCUCAAGUUUAUCUUUAGGUGGCAGCUCGAGUAGUGGAGAAAAACCUUUGGUCCAGACAAGUUCAUGGCCGAAUUUUACAAGGAUUGCUGGCAGACCAAAGCAAACAGCACCAAAGGAUUAUCAAUUAUUGGGUCGCAAGGAUGCUGGAGGCAGUGCACUGCCUCCAUAUGGGUCUCAGACAUUGCUUCCACUCCUGCAAUCGCAACCAAAGACAUCCAGGGUAGAUGAGCAUGUAGCUGGAGUUGGCAACCACAGAGUCUCAAGUAAUUUAAGUGCAAGAUCUCCUCAUGAGAUCCGACCUAAGUCUCUGUCUUCUUCUGGGUUUCAACAAUUUUUUAUCAGAAGUUCCUCAAAUGGUAAAGCUGUUGCAUGUAAACAUCAAAAAGGUCAUGAUGUAUUGGACAGUGCAAUAUCUGCGCUAACUAUUGAAAAGUCUAAUGUUGACAAAAGAAUUUCUUCUAAUUUGUCUCAUGCGCCCGGUGAAGAGGCGGAUAGGAUGCACCUUUUAGGUGGUGGAGAACUGGUCUCCCAUCACGGGGAUAUUACUUUGAGGGAGUGGCUUAAGCCUAAACGGCAAAGGAUAAGUAAGGCUCAGAGGAUGCAUAUAUUUAAGCAGAUUCUGGGUCUUGUUGAUGCUUGUCACACGAAAGGGCUUGCUUUGCAGCAUUUACGACCAUCAUAUUUUCUUGUGCUACCCGUAGAUCAGAUUAAAUACAUUGGAUCUUUUGUCCCUCGAGAACAGGUUGAGCAAGCUCCGAAUAUUCACCAUGAGCAGCAUCCAUUGAAAAAGAAGAGGCAUAGGGAACCAGAUGAAGCAGUUAAUGAAUUCUUGAAACUAAAGCAUCAGAAGCUUGCUGACGAUGGUAGUGUUACAUAUCUUUGCAAGAUUGGCUGUAUAGGAAAUGAUCAAGGUGAAGAAAAUGAAGUUGAUACUUCCAAAGCAGGAAACUCCAGAUGUGAUUUUAGGAAACUUACAGAGGGUAAACCGUUCAAAGCUUAUGGUACAUCUCACCCCCCAAGUUCUGAUGCCAUUCGCCAACAUCCUAUGUGUGAAUCAGUAAUGUUGGAGGAGGGGUGGUAUGUUAGUCCUGAGGAGUUGAAUGGUCAAGUUGCCUCUUGCUCGACAAAUAUCUAUAGUCUUGGGGUUCUAUUUUUUGAGCUCUUUUGCUGUUCUGAAACAUGGGAAGUGCAUUGUACUGCAAUGUCAGAUCUUCGGCAUCGGAUUCUUCCUCCAAGUCUUCUAUCAGAAAGUCCUAAGGAAUCUGGUUUCUGUCUUUGGUUGUUGCAUCCAGAGCCUUAUUCUCGGCCAAAGUCAAGGGAUAUUAUUCUGAGUGACCUAGUAAGUGAAGGUAGAAAUUUGUCGGCAAUAGACCAUACAUCUGCAUCGACCGAAGAAGAAGAUGCUGAAACUGACUUGUUGUUGCAUUUUCUAUUAUCUUUGAAAGAGCAUAAGGAGAAGCAAGCAGCAGAUCUAGUAGCAGGCCUUGAAUGCAUAAGAAUGGAUUUCGAGGAGGGUAAAAGAAGGCACUUAGCAAGAUCUGAGUUAGUUUUGAGUGGCAAAGUUCCGUCAUCAAAGUUUGGCGAGAUCUCAGAGUUUCACUCUCUUGAGAAACCUGUGACACAUGUGGAAACAAUGACCAGAUUAUCCAUGUCAAAUUUACUUGAUGAGAGAUUAAAUAAAAACAUUAACCAACUUGAAAAUGCAUACUUCACCAUGAGAUCCAAAAUUGAGAUACCCAAAGACAAUUCUGUAACUCGUUCCGACACUGAUCUUCUUAAGAUGCGAGAUAGGAGUUUUCAAGUCCAGAAUGCUGAUGCUGAAAUGGAAGUGGAUCAUCUUGGAAUUUUUUUUGAAGGUUUAUGCAAGUUCGCUCGUUAUAGUAAGUUUGAAGUAUGUGGUGGUCUUAAGAAUGAUGAUAUCCUUAACUGUGCAAAUGUUAUUUGCUCUUUGAGCUUUGAUGGUGAUGAAGACUACUUUGCUGCUGCUGGGGUAUCAAAGAAAAUAAAGAUAUUUGAGUUUAGCUCUCUUUUGAAUGACACUGUUGAUAUUCAUUACCCACUGAUUGAAAUGUCAAGUAGAUCCAGGCUCAGUUGUGUAUGUUGGAAUAGCUAUAUAAAAAACUACCUGGCAUCAACAGACUAUGAAGGUGUUGUUCAGAUAAAAGUUCUGCAUACAAACUAUUGCAGUAUGCAAGUUAAAUCUUACCCCAAGAUGUGUUUCGCCUUGGAGUCUGUUGAGAUUUUUGAACUUUGAGGUGUAAUCCGGAAGGUAGCUUUUCUGUCAUGUAUGAUUUUGUUCCUCAGUAUGAACCUGAUUAUAAUUGUUUAGUUGUGGUGUCAAACAAAACCUCUUGGCUUACUGUUGUCUUCCUGUCUGUCUUUUCUCUGAUUAUAGUAAAUUGUACAUGGCACAAAUUACAAAAACAAUGUUUUCUUGGUUCUUAUGCCACCAAGUUGAUCGUGUGUUUCAAUGUGACCAUCAACUCCUUGAUUAUUUGGGAACUUUUUAGAGGACCAAGUUGAUUCAUCUAAUAAUUAGGAAUAUAGGCCUGUUCUCUUUGAUGUAUAUUAAGUCAAUCUGGUCCCUAGAAGAACCAUUAUUAACUUCUUAAGUUCUUGGACUACAAAACAAGACGGACAUGUAUGAUGUGUGUUAAUAUUCACUUCAGUUUCUUUGCUUUGUUGAGCACUGUAGCAAUCAUCCUGUAUAUUUGGAGAUCUAUUAGGUGUUCUCUUCCUUUGGCAUGCUUCUUAGGUAAUACUUUGAUGGUAUGGCAAAAGAUUGCUCACUCUGUUUUUAUAUUAAAAUUAGAAUGAAAAGUUGGCUGAUAUAUCUUAUUUAAUGUUUCAUUGCCAACAAAUGGAAAACCUAGCUUUACUUCACCUAUCCAGAGUAUAUGAAUCUGUUAAGUAUCCUCGUAGAUCUUCUAUUUUAUUUUAUUUUAUUUUUUGUUUCUCUAUAUGUUUCUAAACCUUAUGAUGUUGCUGGAGUUGUCCAGAUUGGGCAUCAUCCCCAGCACAAAUAAUCAUCUCAAAUUUAGUGCUUCAUUUUCUCCCCCUCAUCAGAGAUUUAGAUCUCCUUGCUAAUAUUAUUCGUCCAUGAAGGUUUCACAUUUGGAAUAAGUAUUCCAAUUCACAAUAUAGCUAGUUGCAAGAUGGCUAAAAGUCUCAUGCUUCAUGAAAGUGAUAUUGAAGCUUUUAUGAGGAAAUUUUAUCCAUGAUGCUUUCUUUUUAGUCCGUCGGUAUAAUUUCCAUUAGGCAUCAAUCUUGAUGGAAGGGACAAACUAAUAAAUUUAAGGAUGCUAUCUAAUUUAGUAUCGAUAAAUUGCUGACAUCAUACUUAGCCUCCUUUUUCUUGCAGCCAUGGACUACACAGCCUAAAGAACUGGUUUACCUGUCCCACUAUAAUUGGUGUCUUCAUCUUAUGAAAAAUUUUGGUGACUGUUAGAGGUUGCUUGUAGACUUUCUCAUAAUAAUAAAUACUUAAUUAAUUUAUCCACAAUACAAAAGAACAAUGAUAAGUUGGUUAACAUCUAAAACUACUUUGAUUUUGCAAAGCCACAAUCCGUUGUCUUUUUCUCUUUAGAAAGAAAUGGAUUCCCCAGGAAAAAUGUGUAUUUCAUGUAUUAUACCCCAUUCAUCUAAUAUCUUGUCAUGUUUGCGUGCUCAUGGAAUCUUUGCUUUAUGAUUUUAUUAAUUUUAAUCUUGAAACUUUAAAAGGGUUUCUGAGAUUCCAUUUUUCUACCUAUUUAGUUCCUUGACCUGACUAUUUGUCAACUGCUUGAUAUCAAUUGAUUGAUGGCAGAUCUCAAAUAUUGUCUCCUUAUGAGGUUUAUGAAACUUUAUGGGCCAUGUUUUGUUGCUUCCCCUAUGAGGAAGAGGUGUUCAGAUUAGGGCAAGAAAAGGACAAGAUUCUUGAGAAUUUAAUUGUGUUCUCUACCUAGUUAGUUCUUUCACUUAACUAAUUUGUCAACUGCUUGGUAUCAAUUGAUUAAUGUCAGACCUCAAAAAUUGUUUUCAUCUUAUGAGGCUUAUGAAACUUUAUGGGCCUUGUUUCAUUACUUCCCAUAUGAGGAAGAGGUGUUCAGACUAUGGCAAGAAAGGGAGAAGACUGUUGAGAAUUAAAUUGAUUUUCUUCUUUGCAAUUAAGAUCAAUCAUUCUGGCUGUUGUAUCUUAUUGAGGCAUAAAUUUGUUUCCUUCAAAGGUCAUCCCUACCCGUAAUUUUGGAUGAUUAUGGGAUGCAAGCACUGGUCAAGGAUUCACACAGUUCAGAGGACAUCAAAAAAGGGCUUGGUCAGUCAAUUUCUCUCAAGUGGAUCCAGCUAAGCUGGCCAGUGGAAGUGAUGACUUUUCUGUGAAGCUGUGGAGC